CAUCCAGUGCAGGAAAACAAUCAAACUGACUGUGUUGAACAGUCGGGAGAGGACACAACGGAGACGCGUCCGGAGAUUUACUCACACACACAGCCUUACUUGUGAGAUGCGUGUUUCAAACGGCAGCGAACGCAUAAAUAUCCCCACAGACAGAGCAGAUUUACACGUGGAAUAUCCAUCAUUUGGGAGGCUGAUUGACUGUUUCCUGCGGACAUUGGGAAAAAUGUCUCAUUCUUUGAAUACUUGAGGAGUGACGACAACUUUCCUCUUUUCGGACUUCAGCGUACUAAUCGCGGAAGAUAAAGCGUGGAGCAAAAACCCCAAAAAGAAAAGGAGGGGAGGAGGGAGGACUGGAUUUAACAAUGCACACAGAUCAGUUUCCCGAUCAGGAUGUGCAGUUUUGAGCACCAGGCAGUUUGGAGUCUCUGCAGCGGAGAGACCGAGCAAUGUUGUCUGCGGAGAUGCGUUGUUUGCUGACGUUCAUGUCCAUGGAUGUUGCGGCUCGGUCGGGCUGCACACGGAGCCUUUGGGUGGCUGUGAUUGGACCGGACACAGACUGGGGCUGACUGACUGUUUGUCCGCGCGAGGAAAUGUUUUGGGGAGGAGAUCAAAUGAGUUACUGGCGCACGCGAAGGGGGAGAUGCCAGUCUUCACGAGCAUACAUAGUGCUAUGAGGACGGAGGGAAACAUGCAGACAUAAGACAACGAAUUUAAAAAAAAGAAAAAAAAAAAAAAAAUAUAUAUAUAUAUAUUGGAUUUAAAUUUAUAAGCAAAACAGAGGGAUCUUCUUUCUACCAGACUCCGAUGUAUUUAACAUGAUGUGUUUUAUUGCUUUUACCAACUGCUACGAGAUAGUUUCAAGUGGAUAUGGAUACUGUUUGCUCUUGCACUAAAGUUUUUUUUUUCUUCUUUUUUUCCCCCUAUUUUCUUGACUGUCAUGCAUAGGACUUUGAUAUUGCAUUAUGCUGUCUUAUGAAAUAUCAAUUUAAAGGACGAUUACCCCCCUAACAAGUAUAUUCCACCUGGAUUUUUACCCUGAAAUCACAACUUCAGUUCUGGGACAUUAUAACACCAUUUUAAGGGAAGAAAGCAAUCAGCUGCCUAAUUUUGAAACCCCGUAAAAUGUGUUCACAAAUGCCCGGCAACAUGGCAGUUAACUGGGUUGUAUAUUCUGUUUUUUUACUACCACUGUUUGCAGUGGGGACUGCUUUCUCUGGGGUCUUCAAUGCCACAGACAGAGACAUUUUUACAGAUGACUUGCUGCAGGUCAAGCUCCCACAAAACAGAGCAACCGAGCAGUGGAAACUCCAGUCUGCUGAUUCCCAUCCAAACCUGUAUUUUAACCAAGUGGAUGUGUUGCACUUGAGGCAAAGGUCCUCCACCACCCACAGUCACAUAUUUAAAGUCAUCCGGGCAGCUGUGCUCACCAUGUUGUCUAAUGUCCCCUUUUAUAUGCCCCCUGUGAAACAUGAGGAGUUUACAAGCAAAUGGAAUGAGAUUUAUGGGAACAACCUGCCUCCCCUGGCUCUCUACUGCCUGUUGUGCCCAGAGGACUCUGCUGCCCUGCAGUUUCUUAUCAAGUUUAUGGAUAGGAUGGCUGAAUACCCCGACUGGAAGGUGACCAGCGCCCCCAACGAUGAGGUCCCCAUGGCACACUCUCUCACUGGGUUCGCAACUGCGUAUGACUUUAUUUACUCUCAGCUGGAUAAGCACAGAAGAGAUGUUUACCUCAAGAAAAUUCGCUCAGAGACAGAAGAGCUGUAUGAGCUCUCUAAGUACAGAGGGUGGGGGAAACAGUAUCUCCAGAAUCAUCAGACUACUAACAUAUUAGCCAUCCUGACUGGUGCAAUAGUGGUUGAAUCACAUGAUGACCCGGAAUCAAUGAUCUGGAAACAAGUGGCUGUGAACUACAUGGAGAAAACUAUGUUUCUCCUAAAUCAUGUUGUUGAUGGGUCUCUGGAUGAGGGAGUAGCCUAUGGGAGCUACACAGCCAAGUCCAUCACACAGUAUGUCUUCUUAGCCCAGCGUCAUUUCAACAUUGAUAACACGCAGAACAACUGGCUGCGGGGACACUUCUGGUUUUAUUAUGCCACUCUGUUGCCAGGCUUUCAGAGGACAGUUGGCAUCGCAGACUCCAACUACAACUGGUUUUAUGGGCCAGAGAGUCAGCUUGUUUUCCUUGAUACGUUCGUCAUGAGGAACGGAACGGGUAACUGGCUCGCUCAACAGAUUAGAAAGCACCGGCCCAAGGAUGGCCCCAUGGGGCAGUCAUCUGCGCAGCGCUGGGCUACACUUCACACAGAAUACAUCUGGUACAACUCCCACCUCACACCGCAGCCUCCCCACAAUUUUGGCAAAGCGAGGAUGCAUAUUUUCUCAAACUGGGGUGUGGUUACCUAUGGAGCAGGGCUUCCCAACGGUCAGGGUAAUACUUUUGUCUCCUUUAAGUCUAGCAGCCUGGGUGGCCGUGCAGUCUAUGACAUUGUCCAUGACAAGCCUUACUCCUGGGUGGAUGGCUGGAACAGCUUUAACCCUGGUCAUGAGCACCCAGACCAGAAUUCUUUCACAUUUGCUCCUAAUGGGCAAGUAUUUGUAUCUGAAGCACUUUAUGGCCCAAAGUACAGCUAUCUUAACAAUGUUUUGGUGUUCAGCCCCUCUCCUACCAGUCAGUGUAACAAUCCAUGGGAGGGUCAGUUGGGGGAGUGUGCUAAGUGGCUGCGCUGGACUGAUGAAGGGGUAGGUGAUGCCAGAGGGGAGGUGAUCGUCGCCUCCUCACACAGGGACACUAUGUUUGUGAGCGGGGAAGCUGUGUCAGCCUACUCCCCUGCCAUGAGACUAAAGAGCGUGUUCAGAGCCUUGGUUCUGCUCAACUCUCAGACGUUGCUGGUACUUGACCACAUAGAGAAGUGGGGUGACUCACCUGUGAGGUCACUCAGUGCUUUUUUUCACAAUCUCGACAUUGACUUUAAAUACGUUCCUUUCAGAUUCAUGGACAAAUAUAAUGGCGCCAUGAUGGACGUGUGGGAUGCUCAUUAUAAAAUGUUCUGGUUCGACACCCAGGGUCACAGCCCUGAUACUAGGAUACAGGAGGCAGAGCAAGCGGCUGAGUUUAAAAAGAGGUGGACGCAGUAUGUCAACGUCACCUUCCCAAUGACAGGCACAGUCAGCAGAGUAGCUUAUGUUUUACACGGGCCAUAUGUCAAAGUGUCCAACUGUAGAUUUAUGGAUAACAGUAAAAAUGGAGUGAGGCUUUCUUUAACCAUAAAUAACACAGAGAGGAUAGUCUCAAUAGCUACAAACUAUAAAGACAUAGGGGCGAGGCUGAAUUAUUUAGGAUUUGGAGGUCACUGUAAAGUUGAGGAUAGAUAUCAAAUCACUCGAUACGGCCUUGGGACUCAACUCAUCCCCAAACAAAUCAGCAGUGACAAUCAGCUGUUUGACUUUGGAUUCACAGUCAAUGUGAUUGCAGGGGUUGUUCUCUGUGUGGCCAUAGGAUUUCUGACCAUGCAGAGGAAGUUUUAUGUCUGCUUCAGCAGGCUGAUGCGAUAUGCCCUCCUCUCUGUGCUCAUUCUGUGGAUAGCCGAGCUGCUGUUUGUGUCUAACAGCUGUGAUCAGCUUCUCUGUGGGGUAAAAUGGAAAGGUGCGAGUGCCAAAAGUGAAGUAAACAAACAAAUCAGACUGUAUGAGCAGCACCGGCUCCCCCUCCCCACCGUCGUCAUAACAACCCUUCCUGGAUCGGGAUCGGAAAUACUCAAGCAUCUUUUCUACAACAGCUCGGACUUUGUUUACAUAAGAGUUCCCACUGAGCAUGUGGACAUUCCUGAGACUGAGUUUGAGUUUGACUCUCUGGUCGACGCCUGCGAGUGGUCAAGGUCAGACGCUGUGCACGGACGGUUUAAGAUUAUUCAGGGCUGGCUGCAUUCGCUGGUCCACAACACCAAGCUGCACUUGCAGAAUAUUCAGCUGGUGGAGGGCAGCAGGGUCAAACAGCCCCAGAGGGUUGGCCCCUCCAGGGACAGAAAGAAAAGAUCCAGGAGGAGGGAGCCAGCGUCUGAGCUGAAGGGCAAACUGAGGGCCAGUCUGGACAGAGAUGCAGAGUACAUUAGGGAGAUGAGACGCCAUGUAGCAGAGUACCCUGAUGCACGGGUGGUCCUCAACAUGCGGAGUGGAAGCUGGGCGCUCAAAAUGCCUUUCAUUCACGAGGUGGUGGGACCCUCCUUGAGGACAAUCUACUUGGUGAGAGACCCUAGAGCGUGGAUUUAUCUCAUGGUUUAUAACAGCAAACCCAGUCUUUACUCCCUAAAAAACAUCCCGCAGCACCUUUCCUUGAUAUUCAAGGAUGAUGCUGUCAGGGAUGGAUGCCCAAGUGUGGCCCCGGAGUUUAAAAUAAUCCAGAGGCUGCUGUCCCAUUCUGAGAUGAACCCAGUCCUGAUACUGGCUCACCUGUGGCUGGCUCACACUGCAGCGGUGCUGAGGGUCAGCGAGAGCCUCCCCGAGGAGUCCUACCUCCAAGUGAGGUUUGAGGAUGUGGUCAACUUCCCGCAGGAGACGGCGGAAAACAUACACACAUUUCUCGGGGUUCCCGUCUCACCCUCAGCCCUCAACCAACUCAUUUUCACCACCUCCACGAACCUGUACAAUCUAAUGUAUGAAGGGGACAUUUCACCAGCUAAUAUUAACAUGUGGAGACAAAAAAUGCCUCGAAAAGACAUCAGACUAAUAGAGGAUGUAUGUGGGAUUGUGAUGAAGAGGCUGGGUUACACCAGAUUUGCCAGUUAAACUUACUGCUGCUGGUCAGCUGGUAUUGAGCUGUCUUGUUUACUGUAGCUGCCAUCGAGUUCUGUAAAGUUGUUUUUUUGCACUGACCUUAAAUUUAAAAAAAAAAAAAAGAUGUUAAAACUUGAGGAAAAACUGGGUAGCAUUUCUGUUUGUGUUAAAGUUUUUUUUUUUUCUAUUGGUUGUGUUUGUUUGGGUGGAUGUAAGAUGUUGUACUGACUACAGCAACAGAUGUUGGUGAGGGAGGAAUAUUUUACAUUAAAAUAGGUGGAAGGGAGCUUCUAUUAGCAUUCUUUUUCCCACAGCAGCUCUUUACACUUUACUUGUAGCACUGUUUUAUCUAGUGAGACUUUUGAGACCUUUGCUGUCUUACACGCAGAGAAAUGCCACUGAAUUUCAGCAUAAGUUUUAUGUUUAUUGCAGCGUCCUAGAACAGCUCGGCUUGUCUGUGAAGAUAAUUUGGUAUAUGUCUUAGUAAGAGAUGAAAAAUGAGAGUUUUUCCCAUCUCUAAUCUGUGCAGUCAGAAAGAUGUUUGUGCAAAACCCAUAUAUGUUAUUACUGGAAUUAUUUUGGGGGGAUCAUGGGGUAUUUACUGGUUUGGAACAGAUAUGUUACGAAGCUCAUUAAGAAAUAAGACUAUUUAUUGACAGUCUCAGUUUCUAGUUUGUAGCUUUGGGAGACUAAUUUGGUUGUCAUGAAUUUUAAUAUUUGAGUGCUGUUUCCCUUUAAAACUGUAAAAAUAAUGCUGCAAUGUAUAGACUCAAAAUGAAGCAGAGAACAGGAAGAUGACAGUAGUGCUUUAUUGUUAUGAUACAGACAUAUAAAUUACACAAAUUGUAUUUUCAUUAUUCCAGUAGAGGGAUUUUAUUUGAAGCUCAAAGAUGUCAUGACGUUUUGGUGGCUUAGCACUUUCGCAGGGACUCUUUGAUUGUAUGAGGGAUUCAAUGCAUUUCCCAAAGCUAACUUUACUAUAUGUACUUGAUUAGCUUGGAAAUCUUAAACCUCUGAAGAUAUAUAAACCUCUGAAGAUAUUAUGUCUAGAAGAAAGAAAGUUAUAAGUAUUUAUGGGUUCCAAAGAAACAUAUCCCAAAGGAUCGGGAAUGAAUAUGAUUAUUAUAACUCCCUUUGGCAUUUAUUGAAUUAGAUCAGAGGGAAGUGCUUAAUGGGGAUCAAACUGGAAAAAAAAAGGAAAAAAAAAAAAAAACUGUCAGCCUUGACACAUUUCUAGUCAAAGCAAUUUCCAAAGCAUCCCCCUCAGCUACUCAUAUUAAUCUGCAAAAUGCCAUAACGGAGUCUUACCCUGUGUUUAUAUUGCUGUGCCAUCUUCACUAUAAAUGCCUGGAGGGAAUUCAAACGGCACAAGUUUCCAUUUCCUGUCUUGGUCAAUCAGAUAUCCGAUGAUCUUUUUUGGGCCUUUGUCUUGAGAGCUCAGCGAGCAGUGGACUAAACAUGAUGAAUAUUAAGUAAAACUAAGGGAAGAGGGAAAAAAAGUCAGAGACCAUUUCUACUCUGUGAUGUUAUGCUCUUUGGCCUGGGCAAAAAUGUACACUCACUCAGUAACCUUUGAUGCCGUCUUGCUUAAACCAUUUCUGUAAUGUAAAUGGAUCACAUGUAACAUGCGGAUGGUGCACUCAAUUACAGACUCUGUUGCAUCUGUGCAAAAAAUAACAUACUGUGGACAAUUUUGGAAAUAUCCAUCUUCUCUCAGCUAGAAACAGUCCUGUUUGUUUUCUUCUCUAUGAACACUGAAACCCUUGACUGCCUGGAAAACCCGUUUGAUGUUUGUGGUCUUUGAAUGUGUAGACUUGGCAGACAUGCUUUCACUUUGGUGUUGCAAUCCUGUUACCAACUCUGUUUUGUAUUUGCUCGUGGGGAUAUGGUUCCUUGCUUCUGUGGCCUUGAAUUACAAUCAUUUCUUUAUAACGGUUUUCUGUGGGCUCUGGAGCAGGGGGUAGAGAUGAUGUAAAGAAAAUAAUAAAUUCAUAAAUAUAUUGGCAAA